CUUCAGAGGGAAAAAGAGCGACCAAGCGAGAUGGAGAGGACCUCCAGGAGACACGACUACUCACCCCCUUCUCCCCCACCACAGCUGGCAAAAGCCACAGAGAGAGAGAGAGGAAGGAGGUCCAGGAGCAAGCAGAAGGAGAGUGAGAAAGGGAGGCGCUCAAGAAGCAGAGAAGUGGAGAAAAGAAGGCGUUCCCAGAGUGUGGAGAUCAUGGAGAAGAGGAGGCGCUCGAGGAGCGUAGAGAUGGAGAAGAGGAGGCGCUCGAGGAGUGUAGAGAUGGAGAAGAGGAGGCGCUCGAGGAGUGUAGAGAUGGAGAAGAGGAGGCGCUCGAGGAGCUUAGAAAAUGAGAGGGAAAGAUCACGACGUUCAAGAAGCAAGGAGAAGGAGAGAAAUAGGCACUCAAGAAGCAGAGACAUACAGAGGGGGAGACGAUCGAGGAGUCGGGACAUGGAGAGGGGGAGACGAUCAAGGAGUCGGGACAUGGAGAGGAACAGAGGGCAGCAUUUAAGAAUAAGGGACACGGAGAGGGUAAGGAGAUCGAGGAGUCGAGAGAUGGAAAGGGGGAGACGAUCAAGGAGCAGAGAAAAUGAGGGGGAGAGAAGUAAGCGCUCCAGAAGCAGAGACAUGGAGAGGAGAAGAUCAGCAAGUCCAGAGAUGGAGCGAGGGAGGCGUUCAAGGAGCAGAGAACAGCGGGACAAAGGAAAGAGCAUCCCUCAGAGGACAAGACAUGACUCCUCCUCAUCCCCUUCCCCCUCCCCUCUGAAACAGGAAACCAGGAUGGAAAGGAGCAAAGACGGAAUUAAACUGGACAAAAAGUCAAGACAUGACUCCUCCUCCACGCCUUCGCCUCCCCCUGAAAAAGAGAGACCAAGGAGGGAGAGGAGUAGAGAGAGGGAGCGCAGAACUAACGAUCUGCAGUCAACAGUGCCAAACGAGAGGGACAACAGGAAGGAUGCAAGGAGACUCGCGAGGGAGACGCCUCCUCGCCAGCAGAGAAAUGACAGGAAGAGGGACGGACAACCAUCCCGUGACUCCUUGUCACCUGCUUCCCACUCACCUGUCACCAAUGGACGCCAGAGGGAAAAGGAGAACGACAGGAGAGGAGAAACGGACAGAGAGGGCAACAAGGAGAAGGACCGGCAUCUGAACAAGCAGCGGGAAGGAGACAGAGUCCAGGAAGGCAAGAGGAAGCGGGACGAGGUUCGAUUGUCCUCAGAAGUCAGGCGAGAUGAAUCGAGGCCUGCCGAGAAGGCGGUGAGUGAAAGACCGGAGGUGAGGGAGAAGCCUGCUGAGAAACGGGAGAGCAGCAGCAGCAGCAGCAGCAGCAGUAGUAGCGGCAGCAAUAGCAGCAGCGACAGUGACAGUGAUAGCUCCUCAUCUUCUUCAUCAUCUUCCUCCUCCUCCUCGUCCUCAUCCUCUGAAGAUGAAGGCAAGUCAAAAAAGGCUGGAUCCCCACAGAGGGAGAAGGACAGCCUAGGAAAACCUGCGCUGUCCGCCAUCGGGAUUGCAGUCCAGAGACAUUUAGCCAACGGUAAACAGCAAAGCUCCGCCUCUGAGCGCGACACACCCAAAAGCUCCCAGAGGGAGAGAGGAGGAGGAGCAGGAGGAAGAGAUGCACCCGAGAGGGAAAGACUGCCUCAAAGAGCUCCGACGGAGGAGUGCUCACGCCGCACCAAAGGCCAGGAACGCUACAGCCCCAGGAAAGCUACCGUCUCACCCCCCCGUCGCACUCCACCCAGGCAGUAUCAGGACCCCCCAGCCCGGUCCAGAAGAGUUUCUCCACCUCCUCCAGCCUGGUCAGACCGAGACAGGGACAGGCAGAGGCAGAGGGACAGAGACCGGGAGAGGGAGCGGGUCAUCAGGAGGACCAGGUCCAGGAGUCCAAGGAGACGUAGCAGGUCCACUUCAAGAGGUCUAAGAAGACGAAGCCCCCCCAACAGGCCUCGGCGGUCUCCGUCUCCACAGCGGCGAAGAAGGACGAGUCGCUCGCUCUCACGUGAAAGAGAAAGGGAGCGAGAACGUGAGAGGGUCAGGAGGAGGGAGCUCGAGCAGGAGCGAGAAAGGGAGAAGGAAAAAGAAAGCCUGCAGCCAAAGGAUGUUCCCCAACCCCGCAGGUCUUCUUCCUCGUCAUCAUCUUCUUCCAGCUCCUCCUCUUCCUCGGCGUCCUCGCAGUCCCCGCCGCCAGAGAGGAAAGACAGCAGAGGACCAUCAGAGAGGGACAGGAGAGCAGAUCAGCAGGACGAGAGGAGGGAGCAGAAAAGCCGACCCUCUUCCUCACAGGGCCCUUCUAGAGACUCUUCUCAUGCUCCGCCCUCAGGCGGGAGAGGCUCACAGUCGGAUCCUCGCCGCUCUGAAGUGACCCCGCAAAGAUCUCUGGGGAGCAGCCAACCAGACGGCAAGCAGCCGCACCGGGGUCAAAGCGGAAAGCGGUCGCCGCCAGCCAGCCGCCAGCCACCCGAACGAACGGGCAGAAGCGAGAACGCUGUAAACGGGAAGGAGGCAGAGACGAAGAGCAGCAGCUCCAGCUCCUCUUCAUCUUCUUCCUCCUCUUCAUCAUCAUCCUCCUCCUCAUCAUCAUCUUCGUCCUCUUCAGACAGCUCAGAUUCUGAAGCCGAGCAGGAGAACGGGAAGGCAGCCAAAUCUAAGAGCUCUGCUUCCUCUUCCUCUGACAACGAGAAGGAAGCAAAGAAGAGAAGCCCCGUCAGGCCUCAGCGGGUGCCGGCUGAUUCGCUGAGAGAUUCUCGCUCCCUCAGUUACUCUCCUCCCCGACACGUGAGACCAGUGGCGUCCUCACCGAGCCGCAGAAGCAGCAACAGACGGUCACCGAACCAAUCAUCGAGCAGCAGACGGAGGAAGUGAGCCAACAGCAGACGCCUCCCUUCUUCUUCUGUGGUGUUUGAACUGGACUACAACACAAACUCCAGAGCCAGCAGUCAGCAGAUCUGCGUCGCCGGGAGGUCUCCAGUGUUAGUGGGAUUUUUGUUUUGUUUUUUUUAAGCAGCGAUGGCUCGAGGCUGGCGUGUACGUCUCUUUUUAUGAGCUCAGUAAAAAGUUCACACAGUUAAGUAAAGCGUAACUCUAGCACUGUUCCUCUGUACCUGUACUCUGUGUUGCGUUUCACCUGUAGAUAUGAGCUGUCUGUAUUUUGGUUAUCAUGUGAGUUCCAUUUAAUGUGAGCAGAAACUGAAACGUGGUUAAUUUCUUUGUUGCAAAUGAUUAAUAAUAAUAAUAAAAGGCAAUUGUACAUUU